AAAAAAAAAAGAGAAAUCAAUCUAACUGACCGCCAACCAUCCCUCUACCUUUUUUUUUUCUACCUUCACUCCGUUCACUUCAACCAAACUUCUGCACCACAAGCACAAACCAGAGCGUCAAGCACCUCUACAGAGAUACCUCACAUCCUUUUCGAACGGUCUGAGAAUCUCGCAACACCGCCAAAAUGGUCAAGACUUCAGUCCUCAACGAUGCGCUUAACGCCAUCAACAACGCCGAGAAGACCGGCAAGCGCCAGGUCCUCAUCCGACCUAGCUCCAAGGUCAUCAUCAAAUUCUUGACCGUUAUGCAGCGUCACGGUUACAUCGGCGAAUUCGAGGAGGUCGAUGACCACCGAUCCGGCAAGAUCGUCGUGCAGUUGAACGGCCGCAUCAACAAGUGCGGUGUCAUCUCUCCCCGAUACAACGUCCACCUUUCCCACCUCGAGAAGUGGGUUGUCAAGCUGCUACCCGCCCGUCAGUUCGGCUACAUCAUCCUUACCACCUCUGCCGGUAUCAUGGACCACGAGGAGGCCCGAAGGAAGCACGUUUCUGGCAAGAUUAUUGGUUUCUUCUACUAGGCGGGUGACAAAAGAAAAAAAGAAAAAGGUGCAAGGGAUAUGAGAACUGACUAAGGGCAUUUUCGGCGUUUGGGAGGAAUGGAUAAUGGCCAAGCUAUGAUGCUUGAUGUUUUUCAGCCAAAUACACCACGAUACCACGAAAUGCUACACAAGUCCAGUUCUUGCAUGCGUCUAGCCCCCUGUGUUCCCCUGUAUGUUGCCAAGUCGCGGACCUCGGGAGUGCCAUGUGAAAGUGCCGAUUGUACUAUGUACCUCAUAGUACUUUGUACAUAGCACCUAGGACAUUCAAUGCUCAAUUCAUUGAAGGGCUUACAUAACAUGGUACAAUACCUUAUGUAGCUAACUGAAAAUAAAGCUUGAUCCUUCCGUACAACGGUGACGGGUAAUUGAGUUUAUUUAGUAUUAAAGUUCUGUCAUCCAUUC